CAAAGAAAUUAAUCAUUUAAUGUAUUUUAAAUUCAGGCUAACACAAAAUGUGGAAAAGGUCCAGGGGUGUGAAUACUUUCUGAAGGCAAUCCUGACCCUGGACCCUAGAUAAGAUAGACUGGGCUAACACAGCAAACCUUUUAGGCCAAUAAUAUGCAGUUUUUAAAUGUUUUUUGUUUGCUUUAUAAUCGUGAGAGAUAUUAGUUAUACAUAGAUAGCUAACAAGGUUAGCAGUCUUUUCUCAAAAUGAACCUCAUUGUACUUCUACAUCUGCAUUGCUUGCUGUUUGGGGUUUUAGGCUGGGUUUCUGUAUAGCACUUUUUACAUAAGCAGAUGUCAGAGGGCUUUAUAAAUGCAUUUAUAAAUACCAGGCCUUUGGCAUGGUGCAGGAGCAGAUAGGGUCAAAGUAGUGGAAUGGGGUAGUGGGUUAAUGAGUGUAGGGUUAGUUGGAAGGGUGUUUAUUUAUUUUUAAAUAUAUAUUUGUCUUCCAAUUUUUUAAAAAUUAUCACAAAGUAUAAUGGAUUUAUAUUAUAGUCCAUUUGGGGGAGGUAAUGCAACAUAUUGGAUGCCAACCGCCGUUAAACUCCGAAGAAGAAGUAGUAAACGGAAGUAAACAGUGAUCAAGAAAACGUCAGCGUUUUAGCAAAAUGUUUUACUCAUUUAAUUGCAUAGCAUCACAUACUUAUCCCAUGUAGUCUUUAAUUCGAGACAGGACUUGACUGAUAGCAUCUAACAAUGGCUAACGUGAACAGUAUGGUUUUUCACACUCAAAUAGCCUCCAUCAUGGAGGUGCUAGCGAAUGCAGCCGUGGCAGAGAUCUGUAAAGUCGUAGACGACGACUAUGAAGUGUUUCGUUUGGAAAUAACUCAAAGCCAGAAAGAAAACAGGGCAUUGAGGAGGAAACUACAGCUACUGGAAAUGAAAGUGUCACGGGAGCGCACAGAGAAGACUAUGCGAGAGCGCGUCCUCGCCAGUCCCAGAAGUGUCAAGAUCCUCGACCGAUACAGAGCAACGGCAAGAGGUGAAGGACAUCUCACUGGAGGCCACAGGAGCUUUGUGAAGCCAGCGGGACACAAUACAUGGAGAGAUGACCAACCAAUCACUGUUGAUGAGGGGAGUGGAACCUCAACCCAGCAUGUUAUUGUGAUAGAGUCUGCAGAGGCUGCAGGUCCUGGGGUCAAGCAGGAGAGGUCUGAAGGACAGGAGGACGUAGGUCACUGCAGAGACAUCCAGACUGGAUCGCCCCCUGAAGCCACGGAGGACCUCGCUGCCGCCACGCCCAGGACCCGACGCAGCAUCAUGGAGGUCAGUGGAACGCUGAACGCCGUCCUCAAGUCCGAGACAGACAACGAGACUUUAACUGUAACACACAGCCUCUUACACACAGGAUCUGACCACAGAUCAGACCCAGAGAGACUUUGUCUGGGGAGACUGGGCUGUUCUCCUGCUCCUGGCUCAGAGUAUUUACCAGUAUUUCACCAGAGCCAGAAGACGGUUCAUUCCCGUGGAGAUGGUGAUGCGUUAGACACUGAAGUUGAUGAUCCGUCUUGUUCUUACGCUACAGAGAUGGACCAUGGCAACAUAUCCUUGGGUUUAGAGAGACAGACUGAUCUGUCUAGAGGGGACUGGAACCGGUACAGUAGUAGUGUAUACUCUGAAGGGUGCCUAGAUAAGAAAGGGGAGGGUCUGGUUGUAGAUGACGUGACUGUGAAAGUUGAGAGUGAUGCUCUUCUGAUAUGGAAUGCAGACGAGACUCACUUAAGAGAAGGACACUCUCAGGGCAUCAGUAGUGAUUUCUUAGACUACAGGGAAAGCUUAGAGACAAAUCUAAAUGUCCCAACCCACUCCUCUUUACACGUGUUCAGGGAUCGCGACCCAGUGUCCACGUCGAUGGGGCCUUCCGAUUCACACAGCCACAUCCUUUUAGAUCAGGAAUUGAACUCAAACGACAGGGCUACAGACCAGACUGGGGGAGGGGGUGCAACAUCAGGCAAUAGUAAAGAGAAACGGUUCCUCUGCAUGUUCUGUAACAAAAGCUUCAGCUGCUCCCAGAAUGUGGAGAUCCACCAGAGGGUCCACACAGGGGAGAAACCCUUCAGCUGUACCCAGUGUCACAUGCGCUUCACCCAGGCUGGCACCCUGAAGAGGCACCAGAGGGUCCACACAGGGGAGAAACCCUUCAGCUGUACCCAGUGUCACAUGUGCUUCACCCAGGCUGGUCAUCUAAAGAGGCACCAGAGGGUCCACACGGGAGAGAAGCCGUUCGCCUGUACGCACUGCAGGAAGAGGUUCUCUGAGAGGAGAUGCCUCAGGAUACACCAGCAGAAAAACCAUUCCACUCUAUAACAUAGAAAGUGUUGGAUUUGGGGUUAAACUUGGAACAUUGUUAUACUCAGAAGUAUAGGAACAUUAGUUACAAGAGACAUGAGGGGUGCCAUAAUGAAGUUUGGGAGGGGCUGAGUGCAGGGAAAACAAUCGCAUGUGACAGUACUGGUAAGGGGAGAAACCGUUGAAGGCUCAUAUCACUUAGUUCCCUGCUUAGCAAGAAUGAUGCAAUGUUUUGAGAUGAGGAGACUCCACCCAAAGUGGAGUACCACCACAGGGGAAGCCAUGACUGUGUCGGAAUUACAGCUGUAUCGACCCUUUGGGAAGAAUUAAACUUGGUUAAGCUUCUCUAGUGUCCGUGAGUUAUUCACUCAAAAUUAGAACAUAACAAAAGUAACCAUUCCACUCGAUAGCUUCUGACGUUUAGAUCAGACCCUGCAUUCAAGGUAGACUCUGCGAGAUGACAUAGAUGUACAAAGUAAACAGCAGCAGUGGGUCAAUUUCCACAACAACUAAGGAGUGUUGAAGUGCAAGGCUCAGACAUUGUAGGAUAUAUAAGUCUAAAAAGUAUAUUGCAUAGUGUUUGUACUGUGUAGGCCAGUGUUUACCAACUCCAGUCCCCCAACAGUACACAUUUACAUUGUAGCCCCGGACAAGCACACCUCGUUCAACUCAGCGGGCUUGAUGAUUAGUUGACAAGUUGAUAGUGCUACAAUAAAAAUGUUUAAUGUUGGUGGUACUUGAGGACUGGAGUUGGGAAACACUGGUGUAGGCUAUAUGAUGUUCACACAUGCCUAGUACAUUACUUCCAUUCAACAUGUUUUUUCCCCCAAGACACUUUAUCAAGUUCAUGCAGAUGUUUAAUUGAGACGUGUAUGUGUGGUUUUCAGAUGGUGUAUUUCAAACUUGUUUCUGUUUAAUAAACACCUACAUGGGACUUUUCAUUCUAAGACUUUCAUUGAGACUCUCUUUAAUAUACAUCACAUCUGAUCGCACCCUUUUCUGCAUAAACAUGACAGCUCUUUAUAACCAAUAUACACUUACUAAAUAUACCUACACACUAACAAACACCUACUGUACAUGUCAAAAUAGUUUAGUCAGAUGUUGGCUGACUUGACUUAUCAUAGCUGACUCAUAUUUACCCACAACAUCAUAUUUAUAUCCAUCAUGAUGGGUUUUACAACAAUGAAGUCAGUGUAAAUACAGUAUAGGACUCAAACAUAGUGUGGAUGGGUAAACACUCCAAAAAAAAUGAAAGUAUGUUUAUCAGUGUGUGUGUGUCAGAGUAAUCUGUAUUACCUCUCUUCCAGGAGGAGGAGGGUCCAGAGGUGCUGCUGGUG